AUGACAUUGAAUAAAGUAUUUGGAUUAUUCCAUGGUGAUGAGAAGUGUAAUAACGUAUAUUGUGAAUCAUCGCCUAGUACGGCAAACUAUAAUAAUUUUUUAUUAAAAACAGUAUUAUUAAAACUAAUUACAAUUUGUUACAGAUGGUUUUUUAUAAAUCACUGUAACAAAUUUAAUAAUUCUCGUGUCUUACCCUAG